GAAAGGCGCUCUAACGACGUCGUUGUUGUUGUGUUAUUAUGCGCCAGAAAGUUGGAGAGGGAAGGAUUUGGGGCGGAAGGGUUUUGCAGUUUAGUCCAUCUUCGAGUUAGAGGUUCUGCUCUCUACCGCCGGCUCGUACACUCAAACCAUCAGAAGGUAAUUUUCUUUACAAUUACACAACUGUAUGGAGAUCAAUUCAGAUGUUAAAGAUGGCUCGCUUAUUCUGAUAAAGCAAGGCGCUGAAGCUAGGGUUUAUGAGUCUACUUUUGUUGGAAGACAGUCUAUUGUCAAGGAACGCUUCUCAAAGAAAUAUAGGCACCCAUCUUUGGAUUCUAAACUCACCCUUAAGCGUCUAAAUGCGGAAGCAAGGUGCAUGACAAAGGCACGACGACUUGGGGUUUCUACUCCUGUGCUGUAUGCUCUGGAUCCUUUGCUGCAUACGCUCACAUUUGAGUAUGUGGACGGUCAUUCUGUGAAAGAUAUCUUUCUUGAGUUUGGGUUACAUGGUGUUGUGGAAGAACGUUUGGCUGAUAUUGCAAUGCAGAUCGGCGAUGCAAUUGGAAAACUACAUGAUGGUGGCCUCAUUCAUGGUGACUUGACCACUUCCAACAUGCUAAUCCGCAAUGGCACUAAUCAACUGGUGCUCAUUGAUUUUGGUCUGAGCUUCACAUCAACCCUUCCCGAAGACAAGGCAGUUGAUUUGUAUGUACUUGAAAGAGCCUUGCUUUCUAUGCAUUCUUCAUGUGGCAAUGUGAUGGAUCGCAUAAUUGCUGCAUAUAAGAAAUCUUCAAAACAGUGGUCAUCCACCAUGAACAAGCUAGCCCAAGUUCGCCAAAGGGGCCGAAAGCGCACCAUGGUUGGAUGAGCCUUUCUCCUGCCAAGGAAAAGAUGCAGAGGCAUCUGUUGAAUUGAGUAUGUGGUCUGUUGAUAUGGUUAAUGGUAGGGAAAGAUUUGUAGCUUUAUAUCUGCAAAUUGCAGCUGUAUUCCUAUAGUUACGUACUGUUAUUCUCUUGCAUGUGAUGGUUCAAUAUGCCACCGUUGAAAAGAUUUGAGACAUCUAAAUGAAAUGAUUAUUGGUAUUUGCAGUUGAAUUGAAACUGAGUUUGUCAUUUGUACUGUAAGUUUCAAUGUAAUAUCCUCACAAAAAAAUUAUCAUGUUCA